AAAGGAGUUCGUGUUUUCCGAGAUAUUUUUUUUUUUUCUUUAUUAAAUAUACUCAUAUUUUCUAUCUAUAAAAUCAAAAAUGUUCUCUUCUCACUCUGCUCCCCAAGGUGUUCUCACUGUUACUGUUGUCGAAGCUCGUAACCUUCACAAGGAAGAUCUCGGUGGUCACAACGAUCCCUAUGUUGAACUCUGGUUGGAUGAGGAAUACAAGCAACGUACCUCUACUGUCAAGGAUACCGAAAACCCCGUCUUCAACGAGACUUUCACUUUUAACAUUGCUGAAGGUAGCAGCCUCCACAAGCUCGAAUUCAAGGUCAUUGAUAAGGAUGUUGCUGGUACUGACAAGAUUGGUGAUGGCAAGUUAGAUAUCUCUGAAGCUCUUCAAGGUCAACCCAUUGAUACUUGGGCCAAGCUCCCUGCCAAGUUGGGUCUUACCAGCCAUGGUGAAGUUCACUUUGUCAUCCAAUUCUCUCCCCAAUAAAUUCCCCCCCUCCUGGAUGCUAUAACCACUGUAUAAAAAAAAACAAUACCACUCUAUGCUUUAAAUACAUAGCUAUAUUAUAAAAAAAAAAAUACCUUUUUUUAUCAAAUAAAUAAAAAAAACAACCCCUAAAAGCUCUCUUUGAGUUUUUGCUUUACAAUAU